UGCUAUUUGUUCAGGAUUAAAUUUUCUGAUCAAUUAUUUAACAUUUUCAAUAACAGAAAGCCUUGAAAAUAUUAAAUUGAAUUAGAACUUGAAUUGAACUUCUUCACUGAAUUCUAUUUUUGUGUCAAAUUCUUUAUAACCAAGAAGUCACAAAUAUGGAUUUAUUUCAACUUAGAUAAAAUUUAUGUUAGAAUCUUGCCAAAGCCUUCUAAUGAAACAGGAAAUAAAACUGAUAAUAUAAAAUUAAUUUCUCCUCCUGAAAUCAUUCAUCCUAUUCCUGUAAGUCAAAUAAAACAAGAAGUAGAAGAAGUGAUUCUUCCAAGUAAUGAUGAACAUCUUAUUUCAAAUCAAGUUUCCCAAGCUUCUUCAGCAGCUACUUCAGUUCAGACUACUACAGUUCCAAAAGUUUCUAUAGAUACUUCUAUACAAAAUUCUCAAAUUCCCAUAAUUACAUCAGUUAAUAAUGGACAUGUACCCCAUGUUUCUAUGAUAUCAUUUCAAAAAGUACCUGACAUAUCUCCUCAAGUUCCAAUAAUUACUUCAGUACAGAGUGAGCAAUCUUCUCAACUUCCUAUGAUUACCUCAGUACAGAGUGGUGAUAUUGAUGAUUUGAUUAACAGUGACUAUAAGAUUAAAAAGCAAAAUGUUCCAUCACCACCAAAUGAAAUCAAAAUCAUCACUAUACAAAAAAGUGCUGUAAAAAAUAGACACAACUCUGCAUGGAUGAAAUAUAACUCAAUCAAUCAGGACAAACAAAAGCAUGUGGAAACAAUGAGACCUAGGAGGAAGGUUGUAACAACAAUUGAAAUGAAAAAGCAACUUAUCAUGAAGCAUGAAAGUGGUGCACGUGUGACAGAUCUGGCAGCCAUGUAUAAGAUGCCAAGGUCAACAGUGUGCACUAUUCUUAAGAAUAAGGAAGCAAUAAAAGCAGCAAAUGUGGCUAAAGGUGUGACAACGUUAACCUCCAGGAGAUCACAUAUUAUUGAGGAGAUGGAAAAACUCCUCCUAGUGUGGAUAAAUGAGAAACAAUUGACUGGUGAUAUCAUCUCUGAGAGGAUUAUUUGUGAAAAAGCCAAGCAGCUACAUAGUGACAUUAAGAAAUGCACACCUGUAACCAGUGCUGAAAGUGAGGAGUUUAAGGGAAGUAGGGGAUGGUUUGAAAAAUUUAGGAAAAGAACUGGAAUCCAUAGUGUGAUGCAUGGAGAGGCUGCUAGUACUAAUGUGGGGGAAGUUGAAAAGUUUGUGAAAAGGUUUAAGCACUAUGUGGAUAGUGAGGGAUUUCUGCCUCAGCAAGUAUUCAGUUGUGAUGAGACAGGCCUCUUCUGGAAGAAAAUGCCUAAGAGAACCUUUAUUACAAAAGAAGAGAAAGCUAUAUUGGGACAUAAGCCUAUGAAAGAUAGACUUACUCUGCUGCUUUGUGGUAAUGCUAGUGGAGAUUGUAAGAUAAAGCCUUUGCUUGUGUACCAUACUGAAAAUCCACAUGUGUUUAAAAAGAACAAUGUAAUAAAGAGCAGGCUCAAUGUUAUGUGGAGGGCAAACAUAAAAUCACAGAUUACCAAGCAGUUCUUUACUGAAUGGGUUCAUGAGGAGUUUGCUCCUUCUGUGAAGGCUUAUCUUACUGAAAAGAACUUACCACUGAAAGCUCUUCUAGUCAUGGACAAUGCUCCUGCUCAUCCUCCAGGUUUACAGGAAGAUUUGGUGGGUGAAUCCAGCUUCAUCAAGGUAAUUUUCUUGCCUGCCAAUAGCACAUCUCUCAUCCAACCCAUAGACCAGCAAGUCAUCUCAAAUUUCAAAAAACUGUACACCAAGGCAAUGUUUCAGAGGUGCUUUGAGAUGACCAAUGAAACAGAACUGACCCUCAGAGACUUUUGGAAGGAUCAUUAUGACAUCCUUCAUUGCUUAAGGAUCAUCGAUAAAGCAUGGAGGGAAGUUUCUCUCUGGUCAAUGAACUCUGCUUGGAAGAAACUCUAUCCAGAUUGUAUUUCAGCCAGAGACUUUGAAGGCUUUGAACCAGCAUCUGUGGUGAAUGAAAUUGUCUCUCUGGGUAAGUGCAUGGGGUUGGAGAUGAAUGAUGAGGAUGUCGAGGAAUUAGUGGAUGAUCACAAGAUUGAACUAACCAUAGAAGAACUUCAACACCUUCACAAUCAGCAACAAAAAGAAGUUGCAGAGGAAAUUUUUUCAGAGGAGGAAGCCAAGAUAAUUUCUAGUGCUGAAAUUAAAGAACUGUGCUCUGUUUGGGACAGAACACAGGCUAUUGUUGAAAAUUGGCACCCUAACAAAAUAGUGGUGAAUAGGAGCAUUAACUUGUUUAAUGACAAUGUGAUGGCCUACUUCAGGAACAUUCAGCAAAGUCGCCAACACCAGACUACAUUGGAAAGGUUCUCUGUAGAAAAAGGAAAAAGUGAACCAAAACCCCCAAUCAGUAGUGUUAAGAGGCAGAAGAAAGAAAGAAUACCAGAAGUAAAGUUAUUUGGUGUGUUUAUUGAAAGUGACUCUCCUUCCAAACAGUAACCUUUUUCUUCCUCUCCACAAGCCACAUGGGACAUCACACUCCUCACUAAGGUACAGUAAAUGCAAUUUUCAUUUUAUUAUACAGUAUUUACAUAUUUUGUUUUCAUGUUUUAAUUUAUUACUUAGGUCAUUUAAUGGUGUAAGUUUUACCUUAAAUUAUGUUUGCUGUUUUAAGUUUAUCAAAAUGGGUAUUGUUUAGGGUCUGGGAACAUAUUAAUUCACUUUCCAUUAUUUCUAAUAACGAAAAUUGAUUUGGACUUCAAACAAUUCAGAAUUCAAAUGACCUCCUGAAAUGAAUUAAAUUUGAAGUAUAAGGCACUACUGCAUAUAAAUUUGUUUCUAAUGUAAUAUAAUCUACAAUUGUGUCAUCAGUAUUAAAAUUAAAAUAUGCAAAUUGAACACCUACCACAACUAAGAAAUAGUUAUUUUGUGGUUGCUCAAACUGUUUGAUUUAUAUCUGUUUUCCCAUUUCCAAACGUGGGAUGUGAAUUUUUAUUCUCUUUGUUAGUACUUCUUCUUCAUCAGUAUUUUUCAGUUCUUUUCUAAUAGUGACACCCUCAGCUUGAUAAUUUUUUUUUUGUUAUAUCCUAUAUCUUUAUCAAUAUAGAGUUACUGCUCUUUUAGUAAUACACAUAAGAAAUGUUAUGGCACUAUUCAGCACUAUAUUUCAAGACACUGAUGGGCUCCAGUGUCAUGAAAUAUAGUGCUGAAUGAACAAUGAACACUGGUAGUUGGUCACAGAUUUGCAUUUCAUCAACAGGCUGGUAAUAUGGAGUUUUCUUCACAUGUCUAACAACUAAAUAGGGGCCAGUUUCCCAUAGAAAGUUCUCCCAGGAGGUACUCCUUUUCUUGGGAGAUUGCCCACAUGUUGUGUCAUCCAUUUUGUGGCAUCAUUGCAGCACUAAGUGACUAAGUGUGCCACAGCACCCUGGUUGUAAACCACUGCUCUACAUUAUCUUUUCUGGCACUAGAAAUAUUGUCUUCACCAUCAUCAUCAUGUGGCAAUCCUAAUUACUUUUUCUUAUUACCAGCUAGUCUCAAAGUUGUUUCUGCAAAUCCAGAAAGCUGAUUACCAGUCAGAUUAUCAGGAAUUUUUCUUCUUCAGAUAUGUUGUCUUUGUCACUAAGCUGGUAGUUUUCAGGAGGUUGAAUAUACAGGGGGUGCAAAAGUAGGUAUACAGAUAUUAUUAAGAGAAAAAAACAUACAGGGAGAAAAUAUGAAAAAAAAACAUUUACUUUUAUGUACAAAUUAAAUCACAAAUAAGGAAUAUGAAUUAAUAAAAGAUAAUAAAAAUAAUAAUAUACAAAUGUUUGGUGGUCAUUUUCUCAGAUUCUCUACUGUAUACCUACUUUUGCACCCCCUGUAUAUCAUCAUUGGUGUAAUUCAAUUCUUCAAUUUAAGAAUUUCUUAAACAAUGCAACGUCUAUAAUACAAGAAUGUUUUUAAACAUAUCCUUCAGUAUAAAGCAAUAAUUAUAUUGCUAUCUACAGGGUUCCUACACAUCUGGAAAGUCGGGAAUUUUCAUUAGCGUUCAGAAAGUCAUGGAAAGU